UUAUGACCUCAGCAUCCAAAGGAAUUCUCCGCCCAUUUUUAAUCGUCUGCGUUAUCCUGAGCUGCUUCAUGGCAUGUCUGCUCAUUUACAUCAAGCCCACCAACAGCUGGAUCUUCAGUCCCAUGGAGUCAGCCAGCUCAGUGCUGAAAAUGAAAAAUUUCUUCUCCACCAAAACUGAUUAUUUUAAUGAAACUACUAUUCUGAUUUGGGUGUGGCCAUUUGGGCAGACCUUUGACCUUACAUCUUGCCAAGCAAUGUUCAACAUCCAAGGAUGCCAUCUCACGACGGACCGUUCCCUGUACAACAAAUCACACGCAGUUCUGAUCCAUCACCGAGACAUCAGUUGGGAUCUGACUAAUUUACCUCAGCAGGCAAGGCCACCCUUCCAGAAAUGGAUUUGGAUGAAUUUGGAAUCACCAACUCACACUCCCCAGAAGAGUGGCAUCGAGCACCUAUUCAACCUGACUCUGACUUAUCGCCGCGACUCAGAUAUCCAAGUGCCUUAUGGCUUCUUGACGGUGAGCACAAACCCCUUCGUGUUUGAAGUGCCAAGCAAAGAGAAGUUAGUGUGCUGGGUUGUAAGUAACUGGAACCCUGAGCAUGCUAGGGUCAAGUAUUACAAUGAGCUAAGCAAAAGUAUUGAAAUCCAUACCUAUGGGCAAGCAUUCGGAGAGUAUGUGAAUGAUAAAAAUUUGAUUCCUACCAUAUCUACUUGCAAAUUUUACCUUUCCUUUGAAAACUCAAUCCACAAAGAUUACAUCACAGAAAAGCUCUAUAAUGCUUUCCUGGCUGGCUCUGUGCCUGUUGUUUUGGGGCCAUCUAGGGAAAACUAUGAGAAUUAUAUUCCAGCAGAUUCAUUCAUUCAUGUGGAAGAUUAUAACUCUCCCAGUGAGCUAGCAAAGUAUCUGAAGGAAGUAGACAAAAACAAUAAAUUAUACCUUAGUUACUUUAACUGGAGGAAAGAUUUCACAGUAAAUCUCCCACGAUUUUGGGAAUCACAUGCAUGCUUGGCUUGUGACCAUGUGAAAAGGCAUCAAGAAUAUAAAUCUGUUGGUAAUUUAGAGAAAUGGUUUUGGAAUUAAAGUUUUCCAUCAU